AAAAGCACAAGAUGAAAGUAGCAAACAAUGUAUUGUACAGCAUUGAGCGCUUGGUGAAUCACGUGACCUACGAUGCGCGUGACCGUAUGAACCUUUUCGCUCUCCGUAGGAGGGCGCGAGCACAACCACUGCGCACAUAAGAAAGAUGACAUGACCACUCCUCCGCUAUUGUUUCGUGGUAUUAAUUUCAGUUUGCGUGCAUUCAUUUCCACGUGAAUACCCUCGAGACCAAGUUAGUGUCGAAGCUAUUCAUUAUUAAUUGAAACUCAUACAUGUUGUUUCGGGAGAAACUAUUUUUUGUAUUCACAUUGGUUAUUGUUGCUCGUCAAUGCUAAUAUUAGUUAGCUAGCUAACGUCAACUUCAUAACAACAAACACCAACGUCAGCCUCUGAAAAGAAAAGGCUAUUUGUAGGUGGACGACGGGCACAAUGGCCUUACCUGAGAAAGAGAAUGGAUCCUCCGGUGAAGGAGUAGACUCCAUCGUUCAAACGUGUGCGUUGGGGGGCUUCAGUGAGAGCAGUGAGACCAGAGCUCUCCUGUCCAGCCUACUGGAGAUCCACGGCGACAUUGGGACAGUCGAGGCCACGACACAGAAGUUCUUAGUGAUAAUGAACCGAUAUCAAGAGCAGCCACAUCUGCUGGAUCCACACUUAGAAUGGAUGCUAAACAUGAUACUGGAGAUUGUGAGGAGUGAAACAUCUCCCCCUUCAUUGGUUCAUCUGGCCUUCAAGUUUCUCUACAUCAUCUGCAAGGUCAGAGGCUACAAAAUCUUCAUGCAGCUUCUCCCCCAUGAGGUGGCAGAUGUCCAGCCAGUACUGGACCUGUUGUCCAAGCAAGAUCCCAUCGACUCUGAGACUUGGGAAACUCGCUACAUGUUGUUGUUGUGGCUGUCCAUGACUUGCCUCAUACCGUUUGACCUUUAUCGUCUGGAUGGUCAUUUGGAGUCAGACAGCGGCAAGGCCAGAGAGCCCACCAUGGACCGCAUUCUUGCUAUUGCAAAGUCUUAUCUACUUGUCAGCGAUAGUCCUCGGGAUGCUGCAUCUGUACUGGUAUCAAAGUUCAUGACACGCCCUGAUGUGAUACAGAAGUGUCUCGGAGACUUUUUGGACUGGAGCCUGACUACUAUAUCCCAGACCAAUGAUCAGUCAAUGAGAGACAUCAUGGUGCUGGAUGGUGCCCUGCAGUCUCUGGCAACGCUUUUCAAACAUGGAAAAAGAGAUGACCUCCUACAGUAUGCUCCUGCAAUUCUGCAGUGUCUGGAGCAGAAGAAUCUUUCAGAGAGCAGCCAGGCUAUGCUGAGGAAGCUUGGUAUCAAACUCAUCCAGAGACUCGGCCUCACCUUCCUGAAGCCCCGUUUGGCCAUUUGGAGGUACCAGAGAGGCAGCCGCUCACUAGCGGCAAACCUUUCCAUGUCCCAAUCGACUGCAGUGGCUACUGCUCCGACUCCUGUUGUGGAGACACAAGAUAUGGAGGAGGACUAUGACAUUCCUGAGGAAGUGGAGACUGUAAUUGAGCAACUGCUGUUAGGACUGAAAGACAAGGAAACAAUUGUGCGUUGGUCUGCAGCAAAGGGCGUUGGAAGGGUGACUGGGAGGCUUCCCAAGGAGCUGGCAGAUGAGGUGGUUGCAUCAGUGCUAGACUGCUUCAGCUUCCAGGAAACGGACAACGCUUGGCACGGAGGCUGCCUGGCUCUGGCAGAACUUGGUAGGAGAGGCCUGCUGCUUCCUUCCAGGUUGACAGAUGUUGUGCCACUCAUUGUCAAAUCCCUGACCUACGACGAGAAGAGGGGGGCGUGCAGCGUUGGUUCCAAUGUGCGUGACGCCGCCUGCUACGUGUGCUGGUCUUUCGCCAGAGCGUACGAGCCCAAAGAGCUCGAGCCUUUUGUCACUCAGAUUUCCAGUUCUUUGGUGAUCACGGCUGUGUUCGACAGAAAUGUCAACUGCCGCAGAGCUGCCUCUGCUGCCUUCCAGGAGAAUGUUGGCAGACAGGGGACAUUUCCUCACGGCAUUGACAUCUUGACUGCAGCAGACUACUUUGCUGUUGGGAAUCUCAACAACUGCUAUCUGAACAUCAGUGUCUACGUAGCUAGUUUCCCAGAGUACACCAAGGCCAUGAUCGAUCAUUUGGUAGCCAUGAAGAUCAACCACUGGGACGGAGUGAUCCGGGAGCUGUCCACUAAAGCACUCCACAACCUGACGCCUCAAGCACCUGAUUAUAUGGCAACCACAGUUUUGCCCCAGCUGUUGCCCGUGGCAGUUGGUUUAGACCUCCACGGUCGCCAUGGAGCCAUCCUAGCAUGUGCAGAGAUCACACACGCUCUGUACAAACUGGGCCUUCAGACCAACAGGACUGUGGUGGACAUCAUCUCUUCAGAAUGUAUGGAUGCAUUAAAGAACAUUCACCAGAAGCUUAAUGAUAAAAAACAGUACAGGGGUUUUGGUGGAGAGCUAAUGAGGCCAGCAAUGUGCCGUCUUAUCGAAAAGCUGUCGCUGUCCAAAAUGCCUUUGAAGAACGACCCUGUAAUCUCUGCAUGGCAAUGGCUUAUUGACGACACCAUAAAGAGCAGUGUGAAGGACGGAAAUAUGGCGGCCGUCGUGUCAGCCUUGUCCACGCUGUGUGAGGAGUACUACCAGGCCGAGCCGGGCAAGGCUGACUCACACAUGCAGGAUGUCCUGGUAUCUCAGUACAUUGAAGGGCUGAAGAGUCACCAGAUGCUCACUCGUUGUGGGUCUGCCCUUGCCCUCGGCUGUCUGCCAGGAUUUAUGAUCCACAGCAAACUGGAGCAGAUCCUUGGAGGCCUGAAGCAGAUGUGCACUGUCAGCCAGAAGGAGGGGACUUUUACAGAGUCGAGGAGAGAUGCAGUCAGAGCAAUUGCUCAAGUGUGUGGGAAGGUGGUUGUUUGUGCCAACGGCUCCCCAGACUCUGCUCUCUGCUCUGAGAAUGUAGCAGAGGUGUACGGCGCUCUGCUUCAUAGUAUGAACGACUACACGACAGACAGCAGAGGGGACGUCGGCGCUUGGGUGAGAGAGGCAGCGAUGACCAGUCUGAUGGAGGUGACUCUGCUGGUGGCCAGCAGCGCUCCAGAGAUCCUUCAGCCAGAUCUGGUGAAGUGUAUGAUGUGCUGCCUGAGCCAGCAGGCAGCAGAGAAGAUUGACCGCUACAGAGCCCACGCUGGCUACGUCUUCCUGCGCCUCCUCCACAGCACAGAGCCUGCAGUACCUCACAUCCCACAGCAGGAGGAGCUGUUGAGCAUUUUCCCUGUCGAGACCAUAACCAGUCUGAACUGGAACGCUCCAUCACAAGCUUACCAGUAUAUCACCCAACUUCUUGGGCUGCCCCAGUAUCAGUACCACACCCUGCUGGGCCUGACUGUGUCUGUGGGAGGGAUCACCGAGACCACGGUGCAUUUCUCCUCCCAGUCGCUGUUUGACUACCUGAGAGGGAUUCAGGACGACAGCGCCGCUCUGACGCCGUUUGGAGAAACGCUGCUGAGCAUCUUCAGAGACAAUCGCCGCAAUGACCGGGUGUCUAUUCCUUUGCUGAAGAUGCUCAAUCAGAUGCUAGCCAACAGCUGCUUUGAAAUCUUCACGACACAAGAGAAUCAUCAGUUCUGUCUGGACCUGUUGGCUCUUUGCAAAGAGUUCAGGAAGGCCAAAGAUAUUUCCAAGCUGCGCGCCUGUAUCUCUGUCUUUUGUGGGCUGAUCCAGUUCCCGGGGGAAGUGAGGAAGAGAGUGUUGUCCCAGCUGCUGAUGCUACUCUGCCAUACGUUCCCUGUGAUCAGAAAGACCACGGCCAGCCAGAUGUACGAGAUGCUUCUGACCUACGAUGAUGUCAUAGAUCCAGAAGUGUUGGAUGAUGUCAUGACCCUGCUCAGUGAUGCUAACUGGGAGAGUGACCUUGCCACUAUUCGCCCCCAGAGGAAUCAGCUUUGUGACUGGCUGGGAGUGGCCAGGCCACAGGCUGUUACCAAGCAGAGCUCUGCCCAGGUUUCCUGAUCACCUGCGGCGGUCAUCGGUCAUGUAUGUGGACAAAGGGCCGUUAUCAUUCGCAAUGAGCUGCUCUUCUGAAGCCUGGAUCGUUAGUCUGUACGUCUGCCAAAAAAAACCCACACAAUGAUCGGGCAGUUUCAGUAUCAAUAGAUGGGAUCCAAACAUCUGCUAUUGUUACUACAAAGUUAUUUUGAUGCGCACGUCCAAAUGUUUUUUGACGGAUCUAAAACUCUGGUAUCUGAACUCUGUUGAAUGUGAUCAACUAAUAAAAUGCAGCGUACUCUCA